GGGCGGUUUUAUGGACGUAAACGAAGAGAAAGUCCACAGACACUCUGCAGGAAAGCCAGAAAUCAAGUCCGACUCCGGCCUUUAACAGAGGGGAAGGUGACAGUCUCCGUGGUGACCAUCGACAGCGGCAGCACUCGUCCCGUACAGUUACCCACCAGCCCAAGUCACAUGACGUCAGAGCAGUAUCCACUGUGUCCAGCUAAUCCACAGGUGCAGUUAACGCUCGGAGCGCUAGGUCCUGGAUACUACUACUUCUACCAGCUGGUAGACCCUCCGCCUGACCCACUGCCCCCAUCCAGCAGUCACAUGAACGGCGAGGACCCUCAGGCAUCCACACCACACACUGAAGACUUGAACUGUCAGACAGAUGAACUGAAGGAUGACAUGUUGAGUGCAUGUGUGGAGGAGGAGAAUGAACGUGUGGAGAGUGAGACUGUGAAGCAGUCAGAGGAGAUGACGGUUACAGAGGAGUGUGUGUGCGUGGAGAGUGUGUGUACCGAGGAGCAGACUGUUUACCUGGAGGACCACGGAGAAGCAGACACCACAGAGGAAACAGUGGCUGAGAUCCAGGAGAAAGAAUCGGAUCAGAGUGUGAAUUAUGUCUUAGAUCCUCUUGACGAUCGUCUGCACGAGUCUCUCGUCGUCAAAGAGAAGCACAUCCAAAGUUCACAACCAGCCACUGAAUCACCUGAACUGGAAACUUUCAGUCAGAGCCUCAGUUCUCUAGAGCUUGACCUCAAACUGUUGCACAUGGAGGAUGAUCCUCUCUCUGGAGGACAUGUUGAGAUGGAUAAACCCUCCGUGCAGAGUCAGGCCAUCCCUCUCAGUAUCUGCAGAAGCCAUGGUGAGGAGGGUGAUAACGUCCACAGCGCCACAACAGAUACAACUCUUACAGAGGUGUCGUCAUUUUCCACCAUCUCCGCUGUGUCGUCACUGCCAAUCGAACUUGCUGCUUUCUCCUGUCACACAAGUCUGACCCCUCUGUCAGAUUUAACUAAAACCACAUUUCACCAGUGUGAAUCUAACACAUCUGACAAAUUAGAUGUUAAUUCAAAUGAUCCAAGAUUUGAACUGAGCAGCAUUAAGCCUCCUAUUCAAGAUACUGAACCUCCAUUUACUGAAUCUGAGCAGAGCGACACCAGAUUUGAUUUCUGUGACACACAGGUCGACAGCUCUGACGUGAAAACUGAAGGUGAGGUGGUGUCAGGCUCAGACGAGCUUUUCCAGGAUGUCCUCAUGAGCGGAGAUGACAGACAGGCAGCCAAAAAACCAAAACCAGAAUUUGAUCACAGCAGCGAACAUGUCGAGGGAGGUGAUGUUACAAUCAGAUUAACUGAAACAAGCCAAAACACCUCUCACCUAGAGACCAGUGAUGAAAAAUGUGAUGUGUUGUCUGAGCGCUGUGACGACUGUGCAGCUGUGAAUACAAGCAUCAUGCUUCAGGACCCUGAGAACGGCACUGAGGAUUCAAGUCUCAGUCCUCCCACACUGCCUCCUCCAGCUGAAGGAGAGCUUUCUGUUAUCGCUUCCUCCACUCCACCUCCCUCUUCCUCCACUCCACCUCGCUCUUCCUCCACUCCACCUCCCUCUUCCUCCACUCUACCUUCCUCUUCCUCCACUCCACCUCCCUCUUCCACCACUCCACCUCCCUCUUCCUCCACUCUACCUUCCUCUUCCUCCACUCCACCUCCUUCUUCCUCCACUCCACCUCCCUCUUCCUCAUCUCCUUGCGCAACCUUUGAGGAAGACGAAGAGAGUUUCAGUACUGCUACUGUGAGUGAAAGCAGCCCAGUCCUAAUGAAUGAAUAUCAGCUGGUGAAAGUGUCUCUGUGCGAGUGUGGGGAAGAAGAGGAGGAAGAGAUGGUUACACAGGUGACUCAGAUUGAUCCCGUCUCUUCGUCAAUUCAGCAUCAAUCUGCAGAUGAUUUAGAACAUCAGUCCCACAGUCCACAACCAUCUUCUGAACCACCAGAAACAUUUACCUCGAGUGUUUGCCAUGACUGUGAGAGCCCUCAAGUCGAGGUCAGCCCACAGCAUGACACUGCGGACUGUUUACCUCACCCUGGAGAUUCAUCACCUGGAGUUCACCUGGAGGGAAUUAAUGAGGUGAACAUGUCACCGGAGCAACACCCCGCACAAGACGGUGAGAUUCCUCCAGAAACUCCCAAUGCUUCAGCUACAGAGACACCGUCUGAAAGCAUCGAGGUCCACGCUGACAUGAUUCCCACUGACUUGAGUUGUCAGGAUGAAAGCACUUUGUUUUUGGACCAGGAGGACCACAACAUGAUCACAGUGGACCCGGGUCAGAUUGACGUUUAUGCCUCAACUCCGUCUUACGAGAUUCACUUCCGGGGUCAUGAACUGCCAUCAGCCACUGAGGAGGGAGAGAGGGAGGGAGGGAUGAGGGAGAUGGUGUCCGAGCUGCUGGGAGAGGACGCAGACUCCUCAGUUUGCCGCCUCUAUCCCCAUCCCUGGAUCAAACUGGGUCUGGAGGACAGCUGUGACGGGUGGGCUCAGGGGGCGUCCAAGACCGAGUCCAGCCAGGAUGAGAGCAAGAUGGGCAGUGACACGGAGAAGAUCCCAGCCUCGGUCUCAGAGCUCCAGCCCUCCAUGGCUCUGCUGGGAGCUUACCCCUACAGCACUGUGAUGCCUCAGGGAUCGUGUGUGUGGGACUGGCACACAGAUUGCUCUCAGUCUGAACCUGUUGCUGCUCCAAGCCUUAACCCUGAUGCUGAGGUAUGGACCAAUCACAACUUUAACUUGGACAUCCCAGACGCCGCGUACCCUCAGGCUCAGCAGCCAUGGCUUCCAUUCUCCAACGAUCUGACCAAUAACGAAGGGUAUGUGCCAGAGUUCCAGCUGGAGAACAUGGGGCUGGUCGAGGCUGUGGCUGAUCCUGCUACACUGGAGUACCAGACCCUGACUGCUGAAGCACCUAUAGUUAAUGGAGAGUCCUGUGACCCACCUGUCUCAGAUGAGAUCAGAGAGGAGCUGAGGACAGUUCUGGAGUCCUGCCUGACCAGGGAGCACCUUGGCAGCGACCUGUACCUCACAUCUCAGAUGGACAGUGACCAGUACGUUCCCAUCUCAACUCUGGCCAGCCUCGACCAGAUCAAGAAUCUCAGCACAGACCUGGACCUCAUCUCCGACAUCCUGAAAUCCCUGCCACUGGUCCAGGUGGCUCCGUGUGGACAGAAGGUUCGGCCCAGACAGAGUCGAUGUGUUAUCAUCCUUCGUGAGAUCCCCGACACCACUCCUCGUGAGGAGGUGGAGGCUCUGUUUGAUGGUGAGGACCUGCCCAAGUUCCUGAGCUGUGAGUUUGUAAGCAACGAUAACUGGUUCAUCACCUUUACAUCCGAAGCCGAGGCACAGCAGGCCUACAAGUACCUCAGAGAAGAGGUUCGGGUGUUUAAGGGAAAGCCGUUAAUGGUGAGGAUAAAGGCCAAAACCAUGGCAGUCACUUCCUACGCUCCAAAAAAUGGCUACAGACCCGCCCAGCUGGAUCAGUGUGGCAACCAUUAUGGCUCCUACUUCACCCCGACGGCCUAUCAGCAGCCCUGCCCCACCCACAUGCCAGCACAGCAGCUAUACGACUUCACCAGUGAGAUGUGGGCAUCAGCUGCUCCAGGAUACCAGGACUGUGGUGAGCCUCCAUCACUGAAUGAUUUCAUGAAUGGAUUCGCAGCAGCUUCCAACUUCAAACCUCACAACCCGCACAGGCUCAGGAGAGGCUCGAGGUGGUCGACCUCUGGAGACCGUUGGCAGCACCAUCAGAAUGACUACUCGUACUCAUCAGAGCACGCACCAAUGGAUCGCUCCUCUUCUCCGACGAAGCCGGGCCGAGGGCGGUCGCGGGGCAACAUGCGCCGUCCAAGCAGAGGCGGAAAGACGGAGCCCCACAAGCAAGUCUUGGCACCCACUUCUGACCGGGGAAGGAGAGGAAACUUCAACCAGAGGAGGAGAGGAGGAGCCAGAGGAGCAGAUUUGUCAUCAAGCAGUCGUAAUCAGUCGCCUCCUCGUCAGCCGUCUCCUCCUCUUGAGCUCGGGCUGACGAGCUUCCCUCCUCUUCCUCCAGCAAACACUGCCAUAGCAACUGUACCUGCAGCUAACGGCAGCGUCAAGGAUCCAGUCAAAAGCAGCAGCCCCUGCGCAUCAGUGCCAACAAUGUCAGAAGAGCCUCUGCCAGUCUCACAGCAAAAUGUGAUGGAGAGUGCAGAGACGAGUAGUGAGGACAGACCUGCUCAGCUCACACAGGAACCAGUCACAGAGUCCAAAAAGCCAAGCUAUGCGGAGAUCUGCCAGAGAGCGUCGUCCAGUGAGCCGGCCCCACCUGCUGACCACGCCGCCUCCGAGGCAGAGCACAUCCCAACCUAUCCGGGCCACACCCCUGAACCCAGCUCUGUUACCGUGGUGAUCAUAUAAGAUGGACAAAGACAGCUUUUUUUUUUUUUUUUUUUUUUUUUUUUUUUUUUUAAAUUGGUCUUAUGUGUCUUAUAAGCUGAAAUUGUAUUAUUGUACAAACAGGCUGCAUGUUUGAAGAUUUAUCAGCAUAUAUUACCUUAAGCCUUUAAAUCAACUCAAUUUAGGUCUGGAUCUGGAAACUGAAGCCCUGAUCAAUACUGGGGGGGGGGGUCUUACUGCUGGCUGGUUUAGGACAGGACGGGCUGGUGUGGGCUCGGGGGCGUUAACCUCUCAGGAUGCCAAUUUUAGACGGAAAGAAUGUGUAAAUGUUGAGCCGCUACUUUACAUUAGUUUUAUUUCUUGGUUUGUGGUUCAGGUCAGUUUAUCGGGAGUCAGGUUCCAUUUUGAUUUAGUCUUGUUUUGCUGAUGGCACCGGCACUUCUCUCCUGGCUCUGUGUGUGUGUGUGUGUGUGUGUGUGUGUGUGUUGAUUUGUCUCUGUACAGGACGUUCUGCCAUGAUCCUGAACUGGUUUUGGUGGUUUUUAUUUCCAUACAUCUUUGUUAUGCUUUGGUCUACAGGGCAGCUGUGGGCACACGUUUGUUUCUCUCUCAGUGUUAGUGCCAUUCACCCAGUUUGUUUCGGUUUCAGAUGUUGGUGAGAUGUCAAAGGUCCAGUGUGUAUUAGUGAGUACUGGGAGGAUCACACCUCUGUAUUGAUUUGAUCUUGCUAGUCGAGGAAUCAAAUUGAACUUGAAGAGCACUGAAUCUCAAUCCUUUAUCUCCGCAUGAUUUGUUUUUUCAUUUUAGAAUUUAAUUUAUGUCAUCUUUUUAUUUAUGUUAGACAGGAGUGCUUUUGUGUGUUAAAGCUUUAGUCUAGUGGACGUACCUCAGUGUCGCAGCGCCCACUGUUUCGGACACAGGUCGUCCCGUAAAGGGAAGCAUGCUUUCAGCUGUGCGGGGUAGUUAGUUAGUGAGUGUCCAUAACCAAGCACUGUUUCAGCACAAAGAACUUGAACUGUAUUUGGGAACUUGAAUUUGAUUGUAUUGAGUCCAAUGUUCUUCUGUUUAAAAUAUAAAAUUUUAAAUGUAAAGCAGUUGCCAUGGAGAAAGAGCAGACGUGGUUGUGGCACAUGUUACUUUGUCUGUACAGAUGUACAUAAUACUGAACAAAUAUUAAAGAAGUGCCUUUGAAGUUACA